UACACACACAAACACGCACACACGCACGCACGCGCUGAAUAUAUUUAUUUUUCAUUGGCAAACGUUACUAAGAAUGCUACAAGAACGUUGCUAAGAACGUUCCUGUAAACUAGAGGGUUCUGGUCCCUUCUGUACCGUCAAAGACGAGGUGUGUUUAGAAGAAUAACGUAAGGCCGACAUUCGGUGUUAAUUUAACUCUGUAACAGAGAAGCUGCUGAGAGACACGGUGAUAAGUUUGAUGUUCCCAACGCUGGUGGUGGCUGGAGCUGCGGCCGCAGGAGCUUUUUAUUAUAUGAAGAGACGUGGAGAUGGAGAAAGUACGACGGAGUCGACGGAUACAUCUCCUACUCAUGCUGUCAAAUCAGAUUUUAUUUGUGACAAACAUGCAGCUCCAGUACAGACAACAGCACCUGUAGACUCUUCCCUUUUGGAUCCCAGCUCCUUGAUUUUAGAGGCUGGGGUCUGUAGUGACGACCCUGAGGCCUUUUUGGAUGAACUCGAGAGGAGAUAUGAGAAGGCGAUGGAGCUGAACAGACAGUUGGAGAGGAAAAACUCCUACAUCACAGUCAAAGAGAAGAUCCUGCUAGAACACCUCUCUAAGAGCCGGAUCGGCUAUAAAGACCUCAGGAAUAAACAUGAGCAAGUUGUUCAGGCACACAGAAACAUGACGGUGCACUACAACAGGAUGAAGAAAGAGUACAACGAGUUAAAAACAGAGCGUGAGCAAGAGAAGCUCUGUCUGGCCAAAGCGAUGCAGUCCAGGGCUAGGAUGGAGAACGAGAACAUUGAACUGCUCUCUCGGAUGAGUACACUGCGGUGCUCCAUGCGUCAAUUAAAGGAAGAAUUUGCUGAAGCACGCAGGAAGAUUACUGAAAGAAGGGAGCAGGAGCAAGACAGGACUUUUAAAACUUCGGAUCUCAGUCCAAAUUUAACGCACACCGAGCAAAGACUUGUAAUGUCUCUGAUUGAAAGUGAGACUAAGAUCUCGAAUGUGAUGAAGGAAAAAUUUAUGUUGGAGAAAGCACGAGCUAAAUUGUGUGACCAAGUGUCUGCACUGCGACGCACAGUGAAGGAGCUGGAGGAAAUGCUCUCUGAUUCCGAGAGGAAGUUUGACGCUGUAAAGCAGGAGAAUGAACAACUGAUGCAAAUUCACAAUAUUCUGAAGAUGAGGUACAAAAGGAUGCUGGAGUCUAUAACACAGUGCAAUAUGUUCCUAAUGAACUAUUACAAAGAGGAUGAAGUGUUUCUCCGAACCCCAGGUCACUGUCAGGGGCAUGUUUAAUACCUGGACAUUCUCUUAUAUGUGCACAUACGCCACUGUGGGAUUAGAGUCAGUAGAGAACCCGAAGAGAGAACUCGACUCCAUCUCAAAGUGCUACAUCGCUGUCAUCAUACGACUUGGUGGUAAAGAUCUAGGAACAAGCACACAGGAAAAUAUCCAGGUGUAACUCAGUGCCCCUGGUUCUUAUGAGGAGUAAAAAUAAUGACAGAAUGACAUGCCGGCGUUUACGGAAGACAAUAAAUAAAGAAAGAAAAUGAAAAUGUG